GAGGUGCUGGCCCACUUCGUGGCUGGGUUCCGGCGCCUCGGCCGCUACGGCGGCUUCGGCCACCACGGCUUCGCGGUGCAGCCGCUGGAGAACCGCGCGCUGCGGGGCCUCUUGGGCGCCUCGUCGGGCGGCAUCCUGGUGAAGCGCGUGGAGCCCACGGCGCCCGCCGCCCGCCUGCUCGAGCGGCGCGACGUGCUGCUGUCCAUCGGGGGGCUGCCCAUCGGCAGCGGCGGCACGGUGCCGUUCCGGGGCCGCGAGCGCAUCGCGUUCUCCUACGUGGCCUCCAGCCGGCCGCUUCCCGGGCGACGCCGUGCCCCUGGAGGUGCUGCGCGGCGGCCGGGCCUUCUCCUGCGAGCUGGAGCUCGCGUGGCCCCACCCCCUCGUGCCCAUGCACCCGCCGCAGCCGCCGGCGUACCUCGUCUUCGGCGGCCUGGUCCGGCGUCCUGCUCGUCCGUACCUGCGGUCGGAGUGGGGCGACGGCUUCGAGGAGAGGGCGCCCGUGUGCCUCGUGGAGCCGUGGCUCAAGAACGAGCGCGAGUUCGAGGGGCAGGAGGUGGUGGUUCUCUCCUGCGUGCUCGCAUCGCGGCUCACCGCCGGCCUCACGCACAUGAUGAACCGCCGCCUCCUGCGCUGUAACGGCCAGGCCGUGCGCAACCUCGCUCACCUGGCGGAGCUCGUCGACGGCGCCGAUUCCGCGUCGGUGUUGAUGCUGGAGCUGGACGACGACGACGUGGUGGCGCUCCCGUGCGGCGCGGCGCGGGAGGCGACGCGCCACGUGCUGGCCGCGAACCUGAUACCCGCGGAGCGGUGCCUGCCCCCCGCGCCCCCCGCGGGCGCCCUGCCGGCGAGCGCGCCCACGCGGAAAGCGCGCAUGGCUCCGUCGGCGGCGUCGUCGUCGUCGGCGUCGGCGUCGGCCUCGACGUUGUCGGCGUCGACUUCGUCGUCGUUGCCCGGGGCCGCCUUGGCCGCCUGGCUGUCGACGCCCCUCAUCGAGA